AUGAGUAACAAUUAUAAUACAAGAACACAACCAUCCUAUACCACACCAUCAAAGGAUGAGAUUGGAAAAACAUCAUCACUCAAUACUCCCAUACAUUCCCAUGUUGGUGUAACUCCCUUGAGGACAACUCCACCCAAUACAAUCGUAUCGGCAACACCAACAAGUAGCAGCGCCAUAAGAGGCACAUCAGCAGCUCUUAGAGAUCCUCAGGAACCACUCUACUACAGUAGUCAUGAUCAUAACAAUAUGCAUUCUUCAUACGCUCAACAGCCACAACAGACGUUCUACGCGUAUAGCCCAAGCACCAAUCUCAAUGUUAAUUCUCUUCCCUACUCCAAUACCACCUCCAACUUCUCAAAUCCUGCAACACCCAGCAACAGCGCUGUCCUUCCAUCAUCAAACAUGAUUUUCCCACAAUCUACCAGUUCCUUCUCUCUUCCAUCUGUAAAUUACAAUUCAACAUCGAAUAAUCCAAGCAAUGUAGCAUCAAUGAGUAAUAGCCGUGCAAGAGUUCAAGGAACAACAACACCCACCUCCAAUUUUCAACAGCAGUCUGCACUCUAUUCCAAUCCUCACCCUUCAACGUUGUCAUCAACAGCCGGCACAGCAACAAUGGGAUACAAUACUCACCGCAGUCCCGGAACGCUUGCAAGCAAUAUUGUAACAGAUUCACAACUUGCUUACAUUCGUCAACCACAAUAUAUCCAACAGAUUCCAGAAGGUUCGGGCUCAUACAUAGACCCGCAACUAAUGCCAAUAAGAGGAGAGCAACAACCAGUCCAAUUAUUGACAUCAUCGAAGGCCCAACGGGCCGGAGUACAAUACAGUUAUGAACAAUACUUGCCAACGACCAAUACUGGUUCGAGCAAUCAAUUAUUACAUCCUUCAUCAAGUCAGCACUACCAACCACGUCCAACAAGUAGCUUGAGCAAUCAAAUACCAACAUCAUCUGGUAGUCCUCAGGGUGGAAACGUCAUGCAAACAAACUAUAAUACAUAUGGUACUACCACUUCCAGUUAUUAUCAACAGCAAUAUGGAAAUAUGACAAGCUAUCCAACCACUCAUAACACUCCAAAAACAGUGACACUUUCUAGAACAAAUAGCACGCAAUUGGUACCAGGAUCUUCAAUGACUUGUCCGAUCGUUGUCACAGAUGAUCAUGGCCAAACAUUACAACGACAAAAUCCGAUGUCCCAAAAUUAUAUUCAAAAUAUGAAUUCACGAAGUUAUUCGCCAGCAAUUUAUAACGGAGGCCAUCAACAACAACAACAUUAUACCUCGUAUGCUCAACCUCAAGCAAAUCAAUAUAUUGUUACCACUUCAACACCUCCUCAAAUGCCACCCCCACAAAAUCAUAUUGCCACAGUUUCCCAAGCUCAACCAUCGACAUCAAACAGCAAUUAUCCUGUGGGAUUGUUAGUUGGAUCAAAAUAUAGGCUCAUGAAUAAGAUUGGAAAUGGAGCUUUUGGCGAAGUUUUUCUAGCUCAAAACACAGAUCAAUCACAAGAUUUUUAUGCAGUCAAGCUAGAGACAAUACCAACGCCUCAAAACGGGCAAAACAAUGGCGGAAAACAACAAUUAAUUUUUGAAGCGAAGGUUCUGUCAUAUCUUUUCAAUGCACCACCAAACUCUACUUCUUCAUCUAAUGGUAGUACGAAUAACAACACUCAGCAAAACCAACCCGCUGUGGGAAUACCUCGCGUGAUCUGGUACGGAACUGAGAGUUCGUUUAAUAUUAUGGUCAUGGAACUUCUUGGACAAAGCUUGGAGAGCUUAUUCAAGAAAUGUAAUCGCAAGUUUUCCUUAAAAACGGUUUUAAUGCUGGCAGAUCAAAUGAUUCAAAGAAUUGAAUUCACUCACAGAAGAAACUUUGUACAUCGAGACAUCAAGCCAGACAACUUUUUGAUGGGUAGAAAGGGCUCGAAUAUGCUGCAAUUACUGAAUGGGACAUCCUAUCAGCCGACAUCUACAAAUGGUAAUCUAAACACUGAGAAUACUGUAUAUCUUAUUGACUUUGGUUUAUCGAAAAUGUACUACUCUGAGAAGGGACAUAUUCCACUCAGGAAAGACAAACACCUGACAGGAACUGCUCGUUAUGCAAGCUUGAACAAUCACAAGGGCUAUGAACAAUCAAGAAGAGACGAUCUAGAGUCCCUUGGUUAUGUCUUGCUUUACUUUUUGAAAGGUGCUUUACCAUGGCAGGGACUUACAGGAAAUACCAAAGAAGAUCACUACAACAAUAUCUAUCACAAGAAGAAAAAUAUCAAAGUUGUUUCUCUAUGCAAAGGGUUCCCAGUUGAGUUUGCAACCUAUCUCAACUAUGCUCGUGGCUUGAAGUUUUAUCAAGAGCCUGACUAUCUCUACCUGAGGAAUUUAUUCUUAAAUUUGUUCAUUAGAGAAAAGUUCUCAUUAGAUUAUGAAUGGGACUGGAUUGUGCAAGAUCGAAAGAGUGAACGCCAAAAAUAA